AUGUUCUCAACAUACAUUUGUCUGGGUUUGUCCGCUGACCGUUGGUUUGCUGUCGUAAAACCUUUCAGUUACUGCAUGACUAUGACCAAGAGAACGGUUCUUAGCUACAUCCUUGUAUCUUGGGUGUGUUCUCUCGCUACUGUGAGUACGGCCGUUAUUGAAACAGUGUACCUCCCAUCUUCCAGGAGAAUGUGUGAGUAUCGAAUCUUGGCGCCAGGCUCCACCUUUCGUGUCCUACUGGCUGUCUUUCAAAUUACCAUGAUGACCUUCUUCCCUUGCCUCGCCAUGAUUGCGCUCUAUAUCCACAUGGUGGGAAUGGUUAUGACAUCAGCAGUGACGUCACAGGCGAGUAAGGCUAAACUUCGCGGGAAAAUGACACGGAUGAUUGGUUUUGUUUGUUUUGUUUCCACGAUCUGCCUCACACCGAAUCAGAUAACUGCCCUUUUGGUGUUUGCAGGAAAAAUGAGGCCGGACUCUGAAGAACACCACGCUGUGGCAUUUCUUACUUUUGCCACUAGCUGUAUGAAUCCUGUUAUCUACGGACUGAGCAACAAAAACUACCGCCGGAGCUACAAGAAGAUUCUGUUCCUCAUGUGCCCCAGAAUGCUCACCCGAAGGGAAGAGCAAGAAAACGUGAUUGAUAUGGUCAACAGACGGCACAAGGUAGAGCCCACUCCUAACUCUGUAGAUGAAAAUCGGAACACUACGAAAGAAGCAAAGAUAAUGAUUUCGAAUGAACAUUAA